GUCAAACCUUUUUUUUUCUUAUAAUUUUUUAUUUUUAUAUUCCCUUCAAACUCUACUUUUUUUUUACCAAACCUUUAUUUUCUUAUUUUCCCCAUCACCUUGAAUAUAUGUAUUAUAUACAGCUGGCACGCCAAUCACCCGGCCCAUUAAAUUUUAUUAGGGCUCCGCUGCCUCUCAGUUCUUCUUUUCCUCCUUCCUUUUUUUCUCCGUUGCCGCGCGUAACCUCAACCACAAACAGAAAGACUCGUUCAAAUUAG